AUGAUACACAUAUGAUCGAUCAAUUCCAGCUGUUUAACAUUAUUGGAUGGAUUCUACCAAGAAGAGAGCAACAAACCCAGUUCCUCCUCCGGAAGUCUGGCUCGGAGGCUCUUCUCAGAAUACAAGAAAUCAUUCUUCAGUAUUAAUGUUGAAAAUCAUGACCGUGUUCCGGGACUGGCAUUCAAGAAUAGGGCUCCUUACAUAGAGGUGAAGGAAUUGGAGCUUCAAAGACUGGCAUCCCUUGAUACACAGUUGCAGUUUUAUCAGGAAGUCAGGAUUAAGACUGCAAUAUUUAUGGGGUGCAAGAGCGGAGAGAUAGAGCUUGGCAUGUCCAAUGUGCCUCAAAAAAACAUGGAAAUGGAGUUGAGGAGCUGGUUCCCAGAAGAGUUAAUUUCCCAUCAACAGCCUCAGUUCAAAGAGCUUCCUCAGCCUCCUCCUUCAAUCGACCAAAACCGGCCUUCAUCAUCUUCGUCGUCACUGAGAUCCCUAUCCGUAGACAGCCCAGACUCCUCCUCUCUUUUCUACACCUUCCCAAGCUCUUCCUGCAUUAAUCCGGAGACCCUCAAAGAGGCUUCCAUUGAGCAAGUGGUCUUAAGACCCUUAUCAACCACAACCACUGUCACUACUCCAAGGCAUACCUUCUUUGGACAAACCCAAAACAAUCGAUUCCCGAUAGCAGAGAGCGAAGAAUCCGCAAUUACAAGGGCUAUUCUCGCCGUCAUAUCUUCUCCUUCUUCCGCUUCAUCAUCAGUACUGCCUCAAGGAGUAUCCCAACCGAAUUUUCCGUGUUACAGCCCUUACCCGCGGGAGCAGCAGAACGCUGCAGCCAGUGCUUUCAAAAAAUAUUCCUCGGCUUUAGCUUCAACUAUUUCUCGAAUGAAAGCCAAUUUGCAGCAGCAAAGCAUGCUCAAGCGAGCCAUUUCAUACUUCAGAAGCUUACAUUUGCAGCGAACUCAGCAGGGGCAAGCGCAAGGAAGCCGCCCCACAUCCACACAAUUGCAUCAUAUGAUAGCGGAGCGGAGAAGAAGGGAGAAGUUGAAUGAAAGCUUUCAGGCUUUGAGAUCACUAUUGCCUCCUGGAUCUAAGAGAGACAAAGCUUCCGUGCUUGCAAGUACCAGAGAAUACUUGAGCUCGUUACAGGCUCAAGUUUCAGAGCUCAAUCAAAGAAAUGAGCAAUUGGAAACGCUGAUUUUGCGGGAAAAAGAAGCAGCGGAAGAUGUCUUUGGUGCUUCAAGCCGAAGAUUUGAUAUUCAGAUUACGAAUGCUGAGUCAACAUCGGAGGAGAGGAUUAGGGCUAUCAUGUUGCAUGUGACCGUAAGAGGAGAAUGCCCUAUGUUGGACGUGACAAUUCGGAUACUGGAAUUCUUGAAGCAGGCCAAUAACAUAGGCGUGGUGUCCAUGGAAGCUGAUAGCCAGAUGGUGGAACUAGGUUUUCUUAAUCGCCUAAGCUUGAGAUUGAGAAUCGAGGGGAAUGGAUGGAACGAGUCUGCCUUCCGAGAAGCUGUGAGAAGGGUUCUUGCAGAUUUGGGACUGUGACUAACUGCCCCAAUUAAUCCGCCCAGGAAGAUUCGUCCAUAUACAUAUAUAGGUAGAUAGGUAGAAGGAUGCAUUUUGAUGUAGCGACCAUUAACAUCUACAGCAGCAUCGAGAAAUUAUUAAGUGCACUGCGUGCAUACAUAGAAUUAAUCAUUUGGAUCCAUGUAAAGGGAGCUUUCCUGAUUUGGUGAUAACCUUUGUAGUAGGGGUCUACCUUUGAUAUACAUAUUUAUUUUCUGGUGCGCCACUUAGCCCAGUGCAUCUAAUAUUUUCUCACGGAACAACA